GCUUAUAAAUUGAUUUUAAUUUUCAGCUUUUUUUUGUUUUUCUCGGAAAGCCGUUUGGACAGCUUUGAAAACCAGUAGCGGUUUUUGAACAAUGGAAAACCAGUCUUCGUGAUCUUAUACAGAGAGAACAAAUUUGAAGUGAAAGCGGCGCCAUUAAAGUUAUUUGUCUGCUCCUAAUGGCGAUAGUUCCAGUACAAGAGGACUCUCUGUUACUGGGAGUGAGUUUGACUGGAGAAAUCGCAAGUUAUGUUCUUUGAAAAUCAAAGAGGAUCUCCAGUUCCUGAACUCGAAGUAGCUUUUCAUUUUUCCCCCCCCUGGUUUUCUAGUGGAAUCUAUGUAUGGAAGGAAGGGAAGGUAUGAGUACCGGAGUAGCAGUUAUGGGGGCAGAUGCUCAUCCCAACUUCCAUGUGGCUGCAAGAACAGAGAACCCUAACUCAGUUGCUGCUGCAACAGUUGCAGCAGCACCACCAGCAGCGCCACCAGCGGCAGCAACUCCAGUUGGAACAUCACAAGUAAGCGUGGCGUUGCCAGGAGCUACAGUGAAGAAAAAGAGAGGUAGACCCAGAAAAUAUGGACCUGAUGGCGCAGUUUCUCUAGCAUUAUCGCCAAUGCCGAUUUCGUCUUCGGCGCCGGCACCACCAACUGGCGAUUUUUCCGGUAACAACAAGCGGGGUAGAGGGCGGCCUAAUUUCUUCAAGCAACAGCAGCAACAGAGAAUGGAAGUGGAAAAUAUGGGUGAGUGGGUGUCAUGUUCUGUUGGGGCAAAUUUCACUCCCCAUGUGAUCACUGUUGCUACUGGUGAGGAUGUUACAAUGAAGAUUAUAUCAUUUUCUCAGCAAGGGCCUCGAGCCAUUUGUAUUCUUUCGGCAAACGGUGCAAUUUCAAAUGUUACUCUUCGUCAGCCUGAUUCUUCUGGGGGUACUUUGACAUAUGAGGGUCGUUUUGAGAUACUCUCCUUAUCUGGAUCAUUCAUGCCUUCUGAGAGUGGAGGAACUAGGAGCAGGUCUGGUGGGAUGAGCGUCUCAUUGGCGAGUCCGGAUGGUCGUGUUUUAGGGGGAGGAGUUGCUGGUCUACUAGUAGCUGCCAGCCCAAUACAGGUUGUGGUGGGCAGCUUUCUGCCAAGCACCCAACAGGAACUAAAGCCUAAGAAGCAAAAGACAGAUCAUGCAUCUGCCGGUACACCAAACUCUACCAUUCCUAUUUCUAGUGCAGAGAUGGAGGAGAGCUAUGGCGGACAGGGGCAGCGUAAUGCAACUCCGAAGUCUGAUGUUGCUACUGGUUCUUCAUUCCGAGGAGACAACUGGGCACCUAUGCACUCCAUGCAGGACUCGAGGAAUUCAAACACUGACAUAAACAUAUCUUUACCUUCAGGAUAAUCAAAGAUUCCCAUUCUAUUUAGUCACAGUGAGGUUCUUACUGACCAGAUUUCAAACUUUGAUCUUGGUUGUGAUACAUAAACUUCAGCAACUAUUGGAACCUCCUGUUUUUGACUUGCUUGUAAACUCAUUGAGUAUUUAUCAGAUAGGAAUUCUGAUCAGUAGAGUGGUUAGGUAGGCCUUAAUCUGUAGCUGUUGUGAUCAUGUAUCUUUUUGUUUGGUUCUUCCCUUGUUAGAAUAUUUAAUGGAUAGCUGUUGUUUGCCAUUAUUCUUCUAGCUUAGUAUGUGUUUCAGAUGGGCA